UGUGUACGAAUUUUAAAAACUGCUAAAUACAAUAACGUCUUACCAGAAACUUGCUGUAUUUUGCCGACAAAUACGAAAACAUUAAAUUGUAGGGUUUUUUAACGGAGUUUAACCGUAUUUUGUUCUCCGUGGUCAUCGCAUGAAAGGACGGACACAAACAAAGCCUACUCCGCCCUGGCAGCCAAUAAAAACACACUAUUGCACGCCUGACCAAUCAAAAUAGAAAGCAGCGACAGCAUGGUUUCAAUACCAACAAAUCGUAAGAGGCGGAAAUGUGACGUAGCGCGGUCAGCUGUUCUUGUUUUGCUUCUUUUUCCCCCUUUCUUUUCCUCCAGGGUCUGGGUAACCGACCUCUGCAACAACCCGACUCAAACACAAUUUGAGUCCACCUCCAGCAGAGAAACCCGCCGGCUCUGCCUCGCGCGCUCACCGACGCACCCGCCGGUCCACAUUUCUCCCAAAUUGGAGCCGUCUUCCGCCGACAUCGAGCGAAGAGGUGCAGCCGAUCCCAGGCCUCCAAUCCAGGGCGGAGGGAGGGAAGGAGGUCGCUGGGAAUCGGGAUGGAGAGCGGAGAGGCUGCUGGCGGGCCUGGCGGACCGGACGGACCCGGACUCCGGUUUGGCUGCGCCUCUUUCAACCAAGACUCCACGUCCCUGGCUUUGGGAACAAAGACUGGCUACAAGCUGUUCUCUCUGACCAUGGUGGAAAAACUGGACUGUAUCCAUGAGAGUGCAGAGACUCCAGAUGUCUACAUCGUGGAGCGUCUCUUCUCUAGCAGUCUGGUAGUCGUGGUGAGCACCGCCAUGCCACAGCGCAUGAACAUCUACCACUUCAAGAAGGGGACGGAGAUCUGCAACUACAGCUACCCCAACAACAUCCUGGCUGUCAAGCUCAACAGACAG